AUGGCUCCCUACCUGCAGUCCAACGACUUUUCUGCACCCGGCGACGUGGUCAGUUGGCAGCCCGAGACACCCCUCACCACCAUAGAAGAUUGGCGGGCUGUCCAGUCAGGUGGUCACGGUGGCCUGGCCAGACUUCUGUCCAUCGCCAAGUCCGAGAGAUCAGCCAAUGCAGAGACUCAUGCUUGGGUGUCGCUGGCCAGUGCAGAACAAAUCCGUGAGCAGUGGGAGUGGUUGGAAUCACAAAGAACCUUAAACGACGCGCUGCCCUUAUUCGGCGUUCCCUUUGCCGUCAAGGACAACAUCGAUGUUCGAGGGUUUCCCACCACAGCAGCCUGUCCGGCUUUCGCGGCCGAGCCUGCGACGUCUGACGCUCCGGUUGUCGCAAAGCUCAGGGCUGCUGGAGCCAUUGUCAUUGGCAAGACAAACAUGGACCAAUUUGCCACAGGCUUGGUGGGCACCAGGUCACCUCACGGUGCCGUGCCCAACGCCUUCGACCCCGCCCGAGUCAGCGGAGGGUCGAGCUCCGGCAGCGGUGUCGUCGUCGCCCGCGGAGUCGUGCCCUUUUCUCUCGGAACAGAUACCGCUGGUUCCGGCCGAGUGCCGGCCGGCUUGAACAACAUCAUCGGACUCAAGCCGACGCGUGGCGCUUUAAGCGCCCGAGGCGUGUUGCCGGCGUGCAGGACCCUCGACUGCGUCUCCAUCUUUGCCCUCACUGUCGAAGACGCCCAGACCGUCUUGUCCGUGGCCGAAGGCUAUGACGGAAAAGACUCGUACUCUCGCUCUCGCCCCUCGCAAGGUCUCCUGCCAGCAGUACCUACCUUUGGGACCGCGAGCCUCGGGUCCAGGCCUCCGUCUUUGGCCAUCUGCAGCCAGCCAGACUGGUACGGCCGAGAUGACCAGGCCCCCGCGUAUGAGGCUGCCCUGUGCAAAGCACGAGCCUUGGGUUGGAGGCUGACGCCCAUCGACUUCUCCGACCUCUUCGCCCUCGCCAAACUGCUAUAUGAGGGGCCGUGGGUCGCCGAGCGGUUCGUCGCCAUCAGGGACUUCAUCGAGCAGGCCUCUGAGAAGGACAUGGACCCGGUCGUGCGGGGAAUCGUGGCCAAGGCGCGCCACUUCUCCGCGGCUGACGCCUUUGCCAGCGAAUAUGCUCGCCAGGACUUGGCCCGCCAAAUUGCCAUGGCCCUCGCUGACUUUGAUGGCCUGCUUGUCCCCACGGCUCCGACCUUCCCCACCAUCGAGCAGGUCCUCGCCGAUCCGGUGCGAGAAAACUCUCUCCUCGGGACCUACACAAACUUUGUCAACUUCCUCGACUGGAGCGCCAUUUCGAUCCCCGCCGGCUUCCGGCGCGAUGGACUGCCCUUCGGCAUCACGCUCAUCUCGAGCACCUGGCAGGAACCCAAGCUGCUGGGGCUGUCCCAGCAGUGGCUCUCGGGGGCGCGCACUCGCAGGCGGCUGGGCGCUACCAAGGCCUUUAGAGAGGCCGACGUCUCCUCAGCUGCCGGCGCCGAGUCGCUUCACACGCCCAUCGCAGUAGUCGGUGCUCACCUGACGGGCUUUCCACUCAACAAAGAUCUCGUGUCGAGGGGCGCUCGCCUGGAUAUUGCGACAAAGACUGCGCCCAUGUAUCGUCUUUAUGAGCUGAGCUCGGGCGAGGCGGGCCCGAAAAAGCCAGGACUGGAGCGCGUCACGUGCCCAGGCCGCGGACAGCAGAUCGCCGUCGAGGUAUGGCAGCUGCCCUGUCAGGCUCUGGCCAGCUUCAUGGCGACAAUCCCGCCGCCGCUAGCCAUAGGCUCCAUCGAGCUGGCCGAUGGCCGUUGGGUCCAUGGGUUUGUCUGCGAGCCCGUCGGCCUGCGAGGCGCCCGGGACAUCACCCAGUUCGGCGGCUGGGAGGCCUACAUGCAGCAUUCGGCGAAGAGACAGGUGUCGAGAGUGCUUAUCGCCAACCGCGGAGAGAUUGCCGCGCGCAUCGUCCGAACUCUCAGGAAGAUGAACAUCGAGGCCGUCUCCAUCUAUACUGACGUGGAUGCCGACACGCCUCACGUUCGCGACGCCGACCUGUCGCUGCGCCUCGAGGGAGAUUCCGUGGCGGAGACGUACCUGAAUGCGUCGCAGGUCAUACGGCUGGCAGAGUCUGCUCGGGUAGACGCUAUCAUUCCUGGCUACGGGUUCCUGGCCGAGAGCGCUGAAUUCGCUCAGGCAGUCGAAGACGCAGGCUUUGUCUGGAUUGGUCCGACGCCAGAACAAAUGUCUGACUUGGGCCUGAAGCAUCGCGCCCGAGAGAUUGCGGCAGCCGCGGGAGUUGCCGUCGUCCCGGGAAGCACUCGGCUUGCCACAUCGCUGUCCGAUGCCUGUGAAGAAGCCGAGCGACUGGGGUUCCCGCUGAUGCUCAAGAGCACCGCUGGAGGAGGAGGCAUCGGCCUUCGGUGCUGCCACGACUCCGAGGCACUGGCCGAUGCUUUCAACGCCGUUCAGCGUCUUGCUGCCGUCAACUUUGGCGAGUCUGGCGUCUUCUUGGAGCGAUACAUUGAAAAUGCCCGUCACAUCGAAGUACAGAUCCUCGGGGACGGUAACGGGCGUGUCCUGGCACUGAGUGAGCGCGACUGCUCCUUGCAGCGAAGGCACCAGAAGGUUGUCGAGGAGUGCCCAGCAUUCGCUGUCCCACUUCAGAUUCGAGCCAGCAUGAGGGCCGCCGCUGUUCGACUUGCCGCGGCUGUCAAAUAUCGCAACGUUGGCACGGUUGAAUUCAUCUACGAUCUUGAUUCUCAAGAAUAUUACCUCCUCGAGGUGAACACACGCCUUCAGGUCGAGCAUCCUGUCACCGAAGCCGUCACGGGCCUUGAUCUCGUCGAAUGCAUGCUUCAAGUUGCUCGGGACGACUGCAACCAACUCUUUAGUGACAAGUCUGAACCCAUAGCCCAACGUGGAGCGUCGAUUGAAGUCAGACUCUAUGCAGAAAGUCCCCUGGAAAACUUCAGGCCCUGCGCGGGAACAAUCACAGACUUGGCAUUCCCCUCGCAUCUCCGAGUGGACACUUGGAUUGAUGUAGGCACGCCAGUAUCGACUCGCUUCGAUCCAUUGCUGGCAAAGAUCAUCGCUACGGGUGGCGAUCGUCUGGAGGCUUUGCGACGACUGGCGGCCGGCUUGAAGGAAACGCGGAUCGGAGCGGGCAACUACACGACCAAGUCCUUGGAUUCCUUUCAACCCCAUGCUCCGUCUUUGCAGGUAGUGGAGGCGGGGGCCAUGACCACGAUCCAGGACUAUCCCGGAAGAACAGGGUUUUGGAGUGUUGGGAUUCCGCCGUCUGGGCCCAUGGAUCACCUGUCAUUUCGAUUGGCAAAUCGCUUGGUCAACAACAGCCCAGACGUCGCGGCUAUAGAGUGGCUGGUGGAAAACGGAUAUCGUGUUUACGUUGCUGUGGCUGGAGGGAUCCAAGUCCCCAAGGUCAUGGGCAGUCGAGCAACAUUUGAGGUGGGGAGCUUGGGAUGGAAGGAUGGCAGCAAACUCCAUCCGGGUGACAUCAUUCCCAUUGGAACCGGUCAGCUGCUCAAGAUUGACUCUGAAAGACUCCCCGCCUGCCCAGCUAUACCCAUUCCCGACCAGCCAAGCGCAACUUGGACGAUUGGAGUCGUGCCAGGCCCUCACGGAGCCCCGGACUACUUCACACAAGACGGGUUGACAACGCUCUUUGCUGGCGAGUGGCGUGUCCACCACAACAGCAACAGACUUGGCGUACGCUUGACAGGACCUCGGCCGCAGUGGGCGCGUCAGACUGGAGGGGAAGCGGGCAUUCAUCCGUCUAAUAUCCACGAUAGUCCUUAUUCGAUUGGGAGCAUCAGCUUCACUGGGGAUGAGGCGGUCGUGCUGACUUGCGACGGGCCCAGCCUCGGCGGCUUCGUUGUUUUCUGCGUCGUCGCUUCGGCGGAGAUGUGGAAAAUGGGCCAGGUUCGUCCGGGAGACACCAUACGGUUGCGUGCCGUGGACACUGCGCUGGCCAAGCGGCUCGAUGAAGAACUCAACAGUGCAAUUCAAAACCUCACAGAGCUUCCGAGGUUGGAAAACCUUGUCCCUGCGAGCGACGAAAACAUCAUCCCUAUCUCACCUAUGGUAGAAGCCAUCCAUUACAGUGACGAUGAGAAAAUCGUGGCUCGCCAGGCUGGAGACCGCGCCAUGAUUCUCGAGUUUGGACAAAGCGAAAUAUUCGACCUCGGUCAAAGCUUCAAGAUACAAGCUUUCUGCCAGCAGCAUGCCAAAACACCCAUCGAAGGCAUCGACGAGGUGACGCCAGGUGUACGCACCAUCCAUCUAAUCCACACCGCCGGGCUGUCUCCUCGGACCAUCAUCGAUCGCCUCUCCCUUCACGUUUCCUCGUAUCAUGUUCCCACUCGAAUUGCUUCACGGACCCUCCAUCUCCCGCUCGCGUUUGACGACUCGGUCUGCCGUGCUGCUGUUGACCGCUACGCAGCGAGCAUUCGAUCAGAGGCGCCGUGGCUGCCCAGCAACGUGACUUUCUUGGAGGAGCUCAACGGUCUGGACGACAUGUCAGCUCUGCUGUACGAUGCGACGUUCCUCGUCUUGGGCCUGGGCGAUGUGUUUCUGGGCUCCCCUUGUGCCGUUCCGCUUGACCCACGCCAUCGUCUGUUUGGAACAAAAUACAACCCUUCGCGGUCCUUUACUCCGCGCCGUUCGCUCGUUGGACGAACGGUGGACAUAUGGGAUCCCAAGUCUGUUCACACGGGCGACACGCUGCCGACGUCCUCGGACCCUUGGUUGUUUAGGCCAUUCGACCGCAUCAAAUUUUAUUGUGUUAAGGAGUCGGAGCUUGAUGCCGCGCCUGCUUCAGAACUCAUCAGAAUCAUCGAGGGGGAAUUGAACCUCGCAGAGUACGAGGCGUGGAUCGAGUCGCAAAAGGAUGAUAUCGCAACAACGGCGGCUCAUCGACAAGAAUCUAUUUCACGCUCCCCGUUCCUGGAAGAACUGCGUCAGCCUUAUCAGCCCAAGGCUGUGAACGGUGCCACUGUAUGUCCUUACGGCGCUUCCGAUCUUGAACUUGGUUCCGGGGGCGAAAAGGUCAAGGCCAUGAUGCCGGGACGGUGUUAUAACUUUGUGGUGAAGGAGCAAAGCAUCGUCAAGAAAGGCGAGAUUUUGAUGUGGAUCGAGUCGAGCAAGAUGGAGAUUGAAAUUCGUAGCCCCGUUAGCGGCAUUUGCAAAAGCUUUGGUGAUGAAUCUUCGGGGUAG